AUGCCUCCUAAGAAUAGAAAAUUUGAAUGUGGAUAUGAUAAACGUAAGAAAAAGAAAAAAAUUGAAGAGUUAAUUCAAUCUCAAGUAGGAGCGCUUGAUAAAUUUUUAAUCAAAGAACCACAAGUUUCAAAUGAAAGUCGUUAUGUUGAUAAUAUUGAUAGUUUGUCUAUUGAAAAUGAUAAUCUUGAUAGUGUGUCCAUUGAAAAUGAUAAUCUUAAUAGUGUGCCAAUUAAAAAUGAUAAUCUUGAUAGUGUGCCAAUUGUUGAUGAAGUUAAUAAUGAUGAUGAUGCCGAUGAUGAUGAUAAUGUUGAUUAUGAUAUAUUUGAUCCAAGAAAUUGGGAUCGUCUUCAACCUAAUCUGAUUGAUUUAUUAGUUAUGAAAGAUCCUAAAAGAGAUAAUUAUAUUGUGAAGGGUCCUAGAGAUAGUUUGAAUAGACGUUUUACGGCUAAUUUGUAUACUAGAGCUUUAACAAAUGGAGAGGUGUGUGAUAGAGAUUGGCUUGUUUAUUCGAAAGAGCUUGAUAGAGUAUUUUAUUUUUGUUGUGAAGUUUUUUUAAAUGGGAUUGUUAGGGGACAAUUAACAAAUGAGGGUUAUAGUGAUUGGGUACAUGUUGCUGAAAGAAUUAAAGAGCACGAGUUAGGCAUGGAACAUGUUAAAAAUAUGACUACUUGGUAUGAGUAUCGCAAAAGGCUGCAAAAAUUUGAGAAAGAAAAUGAUCACUGGAAAAAUGUUUUAAAAAGAGUUAUUUCAAUAGUGAAAUUUCUUGCUAAACAUAAUUUAGCCUUUCGUGGUUCUAAGGAGAAAUUGUACGAAGAUAGCAAUGGAAACUUUUUGGGUUUGAUUGAAAUGUUAGCUGAAUUUGACCCAAUCAUCCAAGAACAUGUUAGACGUGUUACAACUCAAAAAGUUCAUAUUCAUUAUCUUGGGCAUAACAUACAGAAUGAGUUGAUUUCAUUGCUUGGUUAUACGAUUAAAAUUGAAAUCAUUAGAAAAAUCAAACAAGCAAAGUAUUUUUCAGUGAUACUUGAUUGUACUCCUGAUGUUAGUCACCAAGAGCAGAUGUCUUUGAUAAUAAGAUAUGUGGAUAUUUCUUCAGCUUCUGUUAGUAUUGAGGAAUCAUUUUUAGGAUUUUUGAAUGUGAAUGAUACAAGUGGUUAG